CGGGCUCGGGCGGCGUCCCUCAGCGCUCCGCCUCCCGGGGCCCUCCCCCGGCUCCAUCUUGCUGGCGACCAGCGUUGGGCUGUGACGCUGCUUCCCGGGGUCAGAAUGUCAUACCCAGGCUAUCCCCCAACAGGCUACCCACCUUUCCCUGGAUAUCCUCCUGCAGGUCAGGAGUCAUCUUUCCCCCCUCCUGGUCAGUACGCUUAUCCUAGUGGCUUUCCUCCAGUGGGAGGAGGUGCCUAUCCACCAGCCCCAAGUAGCAGCUACCCAGGAGCUGGAGGCUACCCUGCCCCUGGAGGUUAUCCAGCCCCUGGAGGCUAUCCUGGUGCCCCACCACCAGGGGGAGCUCCAGCCUAUCCAGGAGUUCCUCCAGGUCAAGGGUUUGGAGCCCCACCAGGUGGAGCAGGCUUUUCUGGCUAUCCACAGCCACCCUCACAGUCUUAUGGUGGUGGUCCCGCACAGGUCCCACUGCCUGGUGGCUUUCCUGGAGGACAGAUACCUUCUCAGUAUCCUGGAGGACAAGCUCCUUUCCCAAGUCAGAUCGAUACAGAAUCCUUUCCUUCCUAUCCUGUUUUCUCUCCUGUUUCUUUGGAUUAUAACAGUGAACCUGCUGCGAUGACUCAGGGAGCUCAAGGAACAGUCCGGCCAGCUGCGAACUUCGAUGCCAUGAGAGACGCAGAAAUUCUUCGGAAAGCAAUGAAGGGUUUUGGCACAGACGAGCAGGCAAUUGUGGACGUUGUGGCCAGCCGUUCCAGUGAUCAGAGGCAAAAAAUUAAAGCAGCUUUUAAGACCAUGUAUGGCAAGGAUUUAAUCAAAGACCUUAAAUCAGAGUUAAGUGGAAAUAUGGAAGAACUGAUCCUUGCCCUGUUCAUGCCACCUACAUAUUAUGAUGCCUGGAGUUUACGGAAUGCAAUGAAGGGAGCAGGAACUCAGGAACGUGUAUUGAUUGAAAUUUUGUGCACAAGAACAAAUCAGGAAAUCCGAGAAAUUGUCAGAUGUUAUCAAUCAGAAUUUGGACGAGACCUUGAAAAGGACAUUAGGUCAGAUACAUCAGGGCAUUUUGAACGUUUACUUGUAUCCAUGUGCCAGGGAAAUCGUGAUGAGAACCAGAAUGUUAACCACCAGUUGGCUCAGGAAGAUGCUCAACGUCUCUAUCAAGCCGGUGAGGGGAGACUAGGGACAGAUGAAUCUUGCUUUAACAUGAUUCUUGCCACAAGAAGCUUUCCUCAGCUGAAAGCUACCGUGGAGGCUUAUUCCAGGGUGGCUAAUCGAGACUUGCUAAGUAGUGUUGCCCGUGAAUUUUCUGGAAAUGUUGAAAGUGGUUUAAAGACCAUCUUGCAGUGUGCCCUGAACCGUCCUGCCUUCUUUGCUGAGAGGCUCUACUAUUCUAUGAAAGGUGCCGGCACAGAUGACUCCACCCUGGUCAGGAUUGUGGUCACUCGAAGUGAGAUUGAUCUUGUACAAAUAAAGCAGACGUUCAGUCAGAUGUAUCAGAAGACCCUGGGCACAAUGAUCUCAAGUGACACAAGUGGAGAUUACCGAAAGCUUCUUCUGGCCAUCGUGGGCCAGUAGGAGGGAUUUUUUAAAUAAAUGAAGCAUAUCCUUCAGUAAUUGACCUGCAUGCAGUAAUAUCAACCACCACCUAAGCAAAAGAGCUUUUUACCAAGGACUGUGUCAGGGUAUUGUGUUUGGUUUGUACAUGUGGUUAUUGCCUUAAUUCCAAUGUUACUUUUUCUCUAUAUACAAUCAGUGUGAAGCCAUCUCACAAUGAUGUACUAAUAAUGCAAUGUUUGUAAGGCAUAAAUCUCACUGCUUUUCUAAUCAGGAUUCUAAAUUGAAUAAAAAUCAUAACAAUUUCUAAUUCUCCAUAAUAAAGCUGAAUAAAAGAAAAAGUUGCAAAACUCUGCCUUCCAAA